GUCACCUGCUGCGGACGUGUGACUGAUCAGCUUCACCUGCGACACGUAGCUAUAAUGGCCUCCUCAUCUAACACCCUUCCAGAAAAGCAGUUCCUGUGCUCCAUUUGUCUGCAUGUGUUCACCGACCCGGUCACCACACCCUGCGGACACAAUUUCUGUCAAAGCUGCAUCCAGAAUGUGUGGGACAGCAAUGAAUUAUGCCAGUGUCCCGCCUGCCACAAGUCAUUCUCCUCCAGGCCUGAAAUUAGCAUCAACACGGCCUUUAAAGAGCUGUCAGAUACUUUUAGGAAGAUGACCGUUUCCAACCUCCUGUCAGCCAUACCGCCGUCAGCGGCCCAGCCAGGUGAGGUGGUGUGUGACGUCUGUGCUGCCACGUCGCUGCAGGUGAAAGCCCUGAAGUCCUGCGUGGUGUGUCUGACGUCGUACUGCCAAACCCACCUGGAGCCCCACCAGAGGGUCGCCACCUUGAACAUGCACAAGCUGAUCGAGCCCACAAAGAACCUGCGGGACAGGAUGUGUGAGAAGCACGAGAGGCUGCUGGAGAUGUUCUGCAGGGAUGAACAGAAGUGUGUGUGUCUGUUCUGCACUGAGACGGAGCACAAAGACCACCAGACUGUUAAAGUGGAAGACGAGAGUGGAGAAAAGAAGGUCCAGAUGAAAAACACCGAAGCUGAAUUUCAGCAGAUGAUUCAGGAGCGACUGAAGAAAGUGGAGGAGAUCUCAGAUUCACUGAAGCUCAGCACAGCCAGUGCAGAGAAGGAGAUGAAGGAGAGCGAUUGCCUGUUUUCAUCUCUGAUUAACUCCAUCAAAGAGAGACAAACCGAAGUCAGCGCAGACAUUGAGGAGAAGCAGAAAGCAGCUGAGAUGAGAGCAGAGGAACUGAUCACUGACCUGCAGCAGGAAAUCACUGAACUCCAGAAAAGAAACUCUGAGCUGGAGGAGCUGAGGGACACAGAGGACCACCUCCAUCUCCUACAGAGGUUUCCUUCUCUCACCUCACCUCCACCUUCCAAAGAAUGGACGGAGAUCAGCGUCUACCCUGAGCUCUGCGUGGGGACACUGAGGAGAGCACUGUCCAAGCUGGAUGACACCUUAAAGAAUGAUCUGGACAAUAUGAAGAAAGAAGAAAUGAAGAGGAUGCAGAAAUAUGCAGUCGAUGUGGUUUUAGACCCGGACACCGCUCAUCCGAACAUUGUCUUAUCGGCUGAUGGGAAGCAGGCUGGCCGUGGUGAACUGUUGCAUAUUGUACCGGACAAUCCCCAGCGCUUCGACCCGGUCAUCUGCGUCCUGAGCAAGAGAGGCUUCCUGUCCGGCAGAUUCUACUUCCAGGUUGCUGUUGGCGCAAAGACUUUCUGGGACCUGGGUGUGGUCAGAGAGUCAGUGAACAGGAAGGGAAUGAUCACCUCCAAGCCCGAGAACGGUUUCUGGACAGUUCGACUGAGGGGCGGGAACGAGUACCGGGCUUUGGAGUCCCCGUCCAUCCUUCUGUCCCUGAAGGACAAGCCUCAGACUGUGGGAGUGUUUGCAGAUUACGAAGAGGGGACGGUGUCCUUCUUUAACGUGGAAACGACGUCUCACAUCUACACCUUCACUGGGUGUUCAUUUUCCGGGAGGAUUUUCCCCUUUUUCAGCCCGGGUGUUUGUGAUGAUGGAAAGAAUAUCGCACCAUUGAUCCUCACAACUGUCAGUCAUGGGGCACAGACACAUGAUUGACAGGUUUGUAAGCCUUUGGAUUCAAGGCAUCUACUGUACACCAGCAUCAAAAAGGACGAAGAAAGUUCAACCUUUUGUUCUUCUUGGAAGCCGAAGAUGCUUUAGUGAUGAUCACACCAUAAUUUAAAGGCAUAUUUUAUAGGAUUAUAAUUAAUUAAUAUUUAAAAUACACAUCUCAUAUCAACAAAAAGGGGGAAAACAUUUGUCUAGAAAUUUUUUCUAAAAGCUGUGUUUAUUUACAAUAUUGCUUCUAUUUCUAUCUCUUCUUUUCUUUGCGCGAAAAACAUCUUUGACAUAUGGUAAAAUGUUUUUUUCUUCACACUAUUUAAAAAUUUUUAUUUUUUUUUAUGCUUGUUUCAUACCAGGGUUGUCAAACUCAUUUUCUUUCAGGGGUCACAUUCAUCCCAAUUUGAUCUCAAGUGGGCCAGACCAGUAAAAUAAUAGCAUUAUAACCGAUAAAUAUUAACAACUUUGUUUUUGCAAUAUCAUUAAAUUAUGAAAACAUUUACAUUUACAAACAAAACAUUUUUUUUUUCGAAAAAAAAAAAAAAAAAAAGUAAAUAACCU